AUGGACAGGAUAGCUGUGGCAGAACACGCACUAAGUGAAGGAAACAACAGGAUUCUCUUUGAAAAUACGGAACUUAUUGCCCCCCACCAGGGAUACUACAGCCGACUGACAGCUGACGAGUAUAGAAUGGAAUACGACUCCAGGAGAGGUCAUGAGUAUUCUAGAUUUCAUGGGUACACUUAUGACGGAAUUUGGGCAGUUGCUUUGGCUAUACAAAACGUAGCGCACAAAGUAAAAUAUUUUCGGAGAAACGAAACGGUGAAUGAUUUUCGAUAUCGUGAUCCGAUGUGGGAGAGACUUUUUUUAGAUGCGUUACACAAUACUAGUUUUGAAGGUGUAACAGGUCCAGUGAGAUUUUACGACAAUGAAAGAAAAGCUAGCAUACUUUUAAAGCAGUUUCAAGACGGAAAAGAGAUUAAAGUAGGGGAGUACAGUGCUGCAACACAACAUUUGGACCUUACCCUCGGGGCACCCCUAAAAUGGAUAGGAAAGUAUCCUCCUAAAGACAGGACGCUGGUCAUAAUUGAACAUACAAGAGUGAACAAAACCGUUUAUGCAAUAUUAGCAACACUGGCAGUUUGUGGAAUAAUAAUGGCAAUUGUCUUUCUGGGUUUCAAUAUAAAACACAGGAAUCAGCGCUAUAUAAAAAUGUCUAGUCCCCAACUCAAUAAUUUGAUAAUAAUUGGCUGUAUGCUUACAUAUACUAGUAUCAUAUUUUUAGGCUUGGAUUCGGGACUAUCAAGCAUAC